AUGUCAGCAACUACAUACGAUUACAUUAUCAUUGGAGGUGGAAUUGCCGGCUGCACUCUAGCUAGCAGGCUUCAUGAGAGAAAUGAUUCUAUCAAAAUUCUCAUUAUCGAGGCAGGCCCAGAUGUCGCAGACCAUCCUCUAACCCAGUCACCCUUGGCAUGUUUUGGAGCUCAUUUCUCACCCCUGGACUGGGCCUUCAAAACCGUACCCCAGGCCCACCUCGACAAUCGAGAAUGCUACAACAGUGCCGCCAGAGCUCUCGGUGGUGGCUCAGCUAUCAACUAUGGAACGUGGACGCGCGGGAGUGCUGCAGACUACAAUCGCUGGGGAGAGUUAGUGAAGGACCGGCAAUGGAGCUAUGAAGGCCUACUGCCUUACUUCAGGAAGACCGAGACUCACUUCAAAACUACACAUGCGGAUUUGACUGUUCACGGUGUCGAGGGUCCGAUCCACAAUGUGUCUAUUUCGCAAAGCAGCCCGGAUCGCAAGUAUCCCUUGCGGGAACCUCUAAGAGCUGCUUGGAAUAGGUUAGGCGUCGAGAUUACAGAGGAUGCCAAUGCAGGCGUGCCUCUGGGGCUGGGAGAAUUGACUGAAAACUGGCGCGAUGGGCGUCGUCAGAUAGCCAGCGAGGUAUUCGGUAUCAAACAGCUUCCUCGGCUCACCGUCCUCACAGAGACAUUAGUACAGCGAGUGCUCAUUGAAGAUCACGAGUCUGGAACAAAAAGAGCCGUCGGAGUUGAGGUGAUAGGUGGUCAUGUCUAUCGCGCAAAUCAAGAAGUUAUAGUAUCCGCUGGGACUUAUCGGACGCCACAAGUCUUGAUGCUCUCAGGGAUAGGUGCCAGGGAAGAACUCUCAAAACACGGUAUCACACAAACCGUCGAUGUACCUGAAGUCGGACGCAAUUUUCACGACCACUUUGCCUUUGUCCAGUGGUGGAAAUUGCGCCACCCAGAAAGGGGCUUGUCAAUAGGCACUCCAUUAUGGAACAGUCCUGCGUAUGCUGUGGGAUUGCCUUGUGACUGGGUCGCGACUCUGCGAGCUCCACGGGACAAUCUGAUCCACGCGCUUGAAGAAGAUAAAGAAACAGACAUCGACAGACAUCCUUAUCUCGCUCCUGAUGCGUGCCACCUGGAGACGCUCAUUGUAUACGCUCCAGCAGGGGCGGCUGUCUCAAAAGUCGAUGUUCCUAUGGAUGGUACAUACAUAGCAUCCGCCGUCUUGGGAAUGGCAACGACCUCACGUGGCCGCAUUACUCUAGCAUCAGCCAAUGCAUCAGCAUCACCUUUAAUAGAUCCGAAUUACUACUCGACCGAGUUUGACCGCGCAGUCCUUCGCGCUGGAAUCCGCCAGGUGACGGGUCUUUUGCUCGAUACACCAGAAGGUCAAGAGAUUGUCGAAAGCCAGCUGUCGUCACAUCAUGGUCUUGGACCUCUAAGUGCUCGGUCUACAGAUGAGGAAAUCGAUGCUCAAGUAAGGGCUGGCGGUAAUACCUUCUAUCACCCAGCCGGCUCUGCAGCAAUGGGGAAAGUAGUUGACUCGAAUCUACGUGUUUAUGGCGUGGGAAACUUGCGGGUUGUGGAUGCAAGUGUGCUACCACUACCAAUAACCGCACAUUACCAAGCGUUGACAUAUGCCCUUGCUGAGAAGGCGGCUGAUAUUAUUUCUAGCUAA